UAUGAUGAUGUCUGUGUCAUUGUAAUUUGAUUCGAUUUGAUUCGAUUUCAAAGUGACUUGAUUUGAAUUAGUUUAACUUAUUCAUAGUAUAGCUUAUAAUUAAUAAUUUGCCUAGAACCGUUUCUUUACAUAUAUUAGCUUAGGAUACAAUGUUCGUACGAAAGGCUUCAUAUCGGUCUCGGUACACACCCCGUACUCUUGUUGCUGCCUCCUUCGUUUCAGAAGUGCCAUCGAACACUGCAGAAGCAUGGAAGGUUGCUAAUGCACAUUUGAUGACUAAAACGCCAUCAGCCACUGCAGAAGCAUGGAAGGUUGCUGAAGCGCAUUUGCUUUCUUUAAAUGAACCUGCCAUCGCCAAAGCGCCAUCAGCCACCGCAGAAGCAUGGAAGGUCGCUGAAGCGCAUUUGCUGACUAUUGACAAACCUGCCAUUGCUAAAGCACCAUCUUUCACCACAGAAAAUUUACACAGUAGUACAAUAAUGAAAAUGAUGAAUAAUUUAAAGAAGCUUCAAUCUGCUGUAAAGCAUGUGGAAGAAGCGUGGAGGAAAGCUGAAGUGCAUUUGAUGACUACCAAAGAACCUGCCAUUAUUAAAGCGCCAUCAGCCACUGCAGUAGCAUGGAAGGUUGCUGAAGCGCAUUUGCUGUCUUUAAAUGAACCUGCCAUCACCAAAGUGCCAUCAGCUACCGCAGAAGCAUGGAAGGUUGCUGAAGCGCAUUUGCUGUCUUUAAAUGAACCUCCCAUCGCCAAAGCGCCAUCAGCCACCGCAGAAGCAUGGAAGGUCGCUGAAGCGCAUUUGCUGUCUUUGAAUGAAGCUGCCAUUGCCAAAACGCUGUCAGCCACUACAGAAGCUUGGAAGGUCGCUGAAGCACAUUUGAUGUCUUUAAAUGAACCUGCCAUUGCCAAAGCGCCAUCAGCCACUGCAGAAGCAUGGAAGGUUGCUGAAGCGCAUUUGCUGUCUUUAAAUGAACCUCCCAUCGCCAAAGCGCCAUCAGCCACCGCAGAAGCAUGGAAGGUUGCUGAAGCACAUUUGCUGUCUUUAAAUGAACCUGCCAUCGCCAAAGUGUCAUCAGCCACCGCAGAAGCAUGGAAGGUUGCUGAAGCGCAUUUGCUGUCUUUAAAUGAAACUGCCAUUGCCAAAGCGCCAUCAGCCACUGCAGAAGCAUGGAAAGUUGCUGAAGCUCAUUUGCUGUCUUUAAAUGAACCUGCCAUCGCAAAAGAACCAUCAGCCACCGCAGAAGCAUGGAAGGUUGCUGAAGCGCAUUUGUGCACAAUUAAAGUAGAAUCUGCAAUCCCUGCUGAAGUGUCACCGAUAACUGCAGCAGCUUGGGCAAUCGCUAAAGCGCAUGUGAACGCUAUGUGAACGCUAUGUGAACGCUAUAUUAUGUGAAUUAACUAAGCAUAAAUAUUCGAUAAUGUUGAGUAGAAUAGAAUAUCAUUGGUAUGUCUGAAAUGGUUUGUAAAUAUAUAUAUAUGUAUAAAGGAAUGUAAAAUAAAAUUUAUUGUUUCAUUAAAA